UUCCCAGACUUUCGGUAACCAAUUAUCAUUGGACGCUCAAGCCGCACAACUUCUUAACAUAAAACAGCCACACAACAAGGCUUACAAAGCUAUCAUAAAAAGACGAAACUCUUGCCACAACCAACCAAUGGACCAACUAUGA